UCAGUUGCUCAUUGAAAGGCCGAGUGAGUGGAGUAAAAAAAUUGUGGAAUAAAUAAAAAGCUGAAAGGUUUUGCGCGUUUUUUUUGUUAAGAAAAAAAGAAAAAUAAUUAUGUUUAUUAAAUAAAAUAAUAAACGAAAAGAAAAUGUAUUAAGUUAAAAAAGUUAUAUUAAUAAAUAUUUUAAUAAAACAAAACUUUGCAAUACUUGUGUUGGAGAAGCAAAGAAAAAAAUUUUCAACGAGUUAUUAUUAAAAAGAGUUUUUGUUGUUGUACAAAAAGAGUGAGCUAGACAGCAUGACAGUAAUAAACGGCAGAAAAGUGUGAGAUAAAAUUAGAGUGAAAAAAAUUGAUUUUUUUAAUAAUAAAGGCAAAAAAAUAAGUGAUUAUUUACCAAGUAAAUAAAUAACAAAAUUUGUGCAAAAACUAAUAAAAUUUUUUUUGCUUCGCAUUGAAGAAGAAGAAGAACAAGCAAAAGAAAACAACAAAACAAAAUUUAAUUGAGUUUUUAACGCAAAAAAUAUUUUGUAUAUGAGAUUUUAUUGAAUGAUGUCCACGGAUGGUACACAACAAGCCGUUACAGUCACGGUUAAAGUGGACGAUACAAUUUCCGGUGCUGGUGGUGGUAAUAGUAGUGGCUCUGGAACGACAGGCGGCAAGUGUCAUCAAAUGUCCUCAUUGACACCACGUUUUACUCAUGAAGAAAAAGAAAUCCUAUAUACAUUAUUUCAUCAGCAUGAAGAAGUGAUUGAUAUAAAAUUUCGCAAAAAACAACGUUCCAAGUAUUCGGUACGCGAAGCCUGGGAACAGAUAGUACGCGAAUUUAAUUCAACACCGGGCGUUAGUGCUAUGCGUAAUUUGAAGCAGAUACAAAAGUUUUGGUUAAAUGCCAGACUACGCAAACAGUAUCCCUUUCGCAGUGGCCAACAAAAACAAAACUCCAAUAAUGACAACAACACAAGCCACAUAAUGAAAAGUGAUGAACAUCAUGUCAUCAAAGAUGAGCCAGCAUUUCAUAUUUCAAAUAAUGAAAAUUCCGAACACAAUGAACAAAAUGAAUCAUUCCAAGAAAUGGAAAUGGAGACGAAUGGUGUUAAUGAUAUCGAAGAAGAUCCUUUAGAUGCUCAACAACAGCCGCAGCAGCAACAACAGCAGCAGCAGCAACAACAACACCAACAACAACAGCAGCAAUUACAGCAACAAGUAGCAGAAGCUGCUACCAUACAUACCCAACAAAUUAGUGUAGAUCAAAUAUCGACCGAGAAAUUGACACUUAAUGAUCUAUUGCAAUUUAAAACUAACAGACCUAGAGAAGAGAUAAUAUUACAAAUAAAACAUCCUGCAGAUACCACUGGUACUCAAAUAACCAUACCUUCCCCUUCACCAACACGCAUUACCAUACCCACUCAUCAUCAGCCACAGCAGCAUACCAUGGCCACCAUUACGGCCAAUGGUUUUAAUCAACAAAUUAUCAGUGAAAUCAAACCUCAACAAAUCACUUUGGCUCAGUAUCAGGCUCAACAACAGCUGCAGCAACACCAAUUGGCUCAACAACAGCAACAACAAUUGGCACAACAAGCCCAGCUGGCUGUACUGCAGCAACAGCAACAACAGGCUCAACAACAACAGCAGCAACAGGCUGCUGCCGCCGCUGUAGCUGCCGCAGCUGCUGCUCAACAGCAACAUCAACAACAGCAGCAACAACAACAGCAACAAGUUAAAAUGCAACUACAAACACCCACCUCACAAUUUGCCACCGCUACACCCACAUUCACUUGUACCACCUUCAGUGCCUUGCCAACGGCGGCUGUGGCAGCUGCUGCUGCAGCCAAUACACAACACACCAACACCUUAACUUCAAACAAUCCCAAUAUUGCCACUCUCACCGCCAACAAUCCCACUUUAACCGCUAAUUUAUUAAACUCAACAGCCCCCAUAGCUGCAACUAACACUGCCGCCCAGGAUUCAUAUGAAGAGAAAAUUAACUAUUUUAAACUAAAAGAGGCAGAAUUACGCUAUAAAGAGCAACAGGUUGCUUUAGAGAAAAAGAAAAUCGAAUUGACUCAUGCCCAAGGUCAACUGAAACAUUUGAGAGAGGUACAUCGUUUACAGGUGGAGGAAUUGAAAAUGAAAAUACGUAUACUACAGGAAGAGGAGAAACAAUUGCAAAAGUCCUCCUCACCCUUGGGUAGUUAAAGGGUUUAACUAUUCAAAUAUUUUAUUAAAAUUUUAAGUUUUUUUAAACAGUGUAUUUAGUUUUUCUCAAAAAUUUUUUUAAUCUUAUUAUUUAUAAAUAGUUUUUAAGUCAUUUAUUUGUUUAAGAUUUUGUGUGUGUUUUUUUUUUUUUUCUAAAAACAAAGAAAAUAUUUUUAUUAUUAUUAUAGCAACCUUACCCCCUCCCCUAACUGCUCAUAUUAUAAUUUAAAUGUUAAAACAAAAAUGUAACUAAAAUGUAUGUUUAACAUAACAUAGUGUAUUUUGUAUAGUUUAUAUAUAUAUAUAUUUGUAAUUUUUAACCAUAAAACAUAAACAAAUUAAUUAAUAUUGUUUUAAUUUCUGUAUUUGUUUAAUUAAAGAAAAAAAAGUUG